ACAGCAGGAGGGAAUGGCUGUGAACUAGUUUUCUCUUCAAACAGUGUUGAAAUGCCCUGCUCACUCACCUGCUGUAUUGGCUGUCCUGCCCAUAGGCAUGGAAGACAGCACACCAUCAUGCCUUCGAAAGUCAACUACCAGGCGAACAUCUGGGCCCUGAAGGAGGAAGGCUGUACCCAUGUCAUAGUGACCACAGCUUGCGGCUCCUUGAGGGAGGAGAUUCAGCCAGGUGAUAUCGUCAUUAUCGAUCAGUUCAUUGACAGGACCACCGUAAGGCCUCAGACCUUCUAUGAUGGAAGUCAUUCCUGUGCCAGAGGAGUGUGCCAUAUUCCCAUGGCUGAACCAUUCUGCCCCAAAACGAGAGAGGUCCUCAUAGAGACUGCUAAGAAGCUAGGACUCCGAUGCCACUCAAAAGGGACAAUGCUGACAAUCGAGGGACCUCGUUUUAGCUCCCGGGCAGAAAGCUUAAUGUUCCGCACCUGGGGGGCGGAUGUUAUCAACAUGACCACAGUUCCAGAGGUGGUUCUUGCUAAGGAGGCUGGAAUUUGCUAUGGGAGUAUCGCCAUGGCAACAGAUUAUGAUUGCUGGAAGGAGCAUGAGGAAGCAGUUUCCGUGGACCGGGUCUUAAAGACCCUGAAAGAAAAUGCCAAUAAAGCCAAAAGUUUACUCCUCACUACCAUACCUCAGAUAGGGUCCAUGGAAUGGUCAGAAACCCUCCACAGCCUGAAGAAUAUGGCCCAGUUUUCUGUUUUAUUACCAAGACAUUAAAAUAGAAGAAAAGACAUUCUGAUUUCAGUCAUUUUGGGAAUUCCUAUAGCUUGCAAAAACAUGGAAAAGACAUGGAGCUUUCAUGCCCUUGCCCCCUGUGGAAGAACAUGGUAAGACAAGACAUUGCAUAAAACAGAGAUGCCUUUUAAACGACAUGGUCUGCUUCAAAACAGAAGGAAAGCAAAUGACCAGUAACAUGUAGAAAAAUUCUCAAACUUUAUAAAAAAGAUAAGACACCAUCUACCCUUCACCCAUUAAAUUUGUAACAAUAAAAGGUGCCAUCCAGUUUCCUGUGUUGCCAAAGAAUAUGAAGAAGAAAUGGACUCUUAGACUAUUGGUGUGACUAAAUUGGUACAAUCAUUUUGAAGGGCAGUUUGGUAAAAUGUAUCAAAGGCUUAAACAUACUAAACACCCUUUGUGCCAGUUCUGCUCCUAGGAAUUUAUCUUUAAAACAUUGUCAGAGAAAAAAGAGUAUGCAUAAAGAAGGAUGUAUAAUACAGUGUUAAAGUAGCAUAUAUUCAGAACAAUCUGAGUGUCCAACAAUUGGAGGUAAAUUAUGGUUUAGCUCUAAUUAGAUUGCAAGGCAACCAACUAAGGAUCAUGUUUUCACAUAAUUUUUAAUGUCCUUAAGAAAUGGUUGCUCUAUAAUAAAUGAAAAAAGAUAUAUAAGCAUUUUACAAUAAUUUUGCUUUAAAAAUCUACAUGUAUGUGAAAAGACUAGAAAGAUAAAUAUUCUUUUGUUGUAUUGGGGGGAAUCUGGAUACUUUUAAUUUUCUUUGUUUCUCUGUAUCUUCACAUUUUUCUACAAUGCAUAUCAACAGGCUGUUUUAAAAAUUAUUAAAGGACUUAAUCCAGUUCUUGAAAACACACUAUUUCUAGUAAUGAAUCUAAUGAAUCAAAAAGUUCUGUUUCAUGAGGAUCAUUAACGACUGUACAGUCAGAAUGAUACUUGGGUUUGCAACAACUUAAGAAAGCUAGGUGUUUAAUACUGAGAUAAUCAAAUUAUUGAGAAUAUAUACACACAUAGUCUCAGAUAUUUUUUAAAUUAAUACUUUAUUUCUACACCUUUCAUAUGAGUUGAGUUAUUUUACAUGAGUUGGUGAUUUUUGUGUUUUAAUAAAGAAAAUGGAAGCUUCA